GCGGCCAGCCCCGCGAAGAGCGGGCCCCGAGCUGUCACUGUGGCACCGGCCCGCCCGCACUCCCCCGCCGGACGCCGCCGCCGCCGCCCGCUCGGCUGCAGCCCGGCCCGCGCCCCGCAGCGCCCGGCCGUUGGCCCUUACGGCGCGACCGUUACCGCCCGUCUGGUCGCGGGGUCUCGCCUGACUCUUUUCGAGGGGGAUCUGGCCUCGGGAACCGCUAAUGAGCCUAAAUCCAAAGUGCUAGACCCAACUACGGCAUAUAUACACAUAUGAUACAUACAUAUAUAGAUAAAGGUACUUCUGAGGACCUCAUAAUGAGGAACCAGCCAAUUCCUGCUCGCAAAGGGAACGUUUCAUGUACAGGUAUACAGUGCUGCUGUGCAGGCUACAACGUUCCAGUCGGGUCCAGGCAGGGUGUGAAGGCUACACCGGACCUCCCCAAAAGAAGAGGCUGUCCUGGUGACCCCUGCGCCAGUGGCCUGCCAGAACAGAGGGCCCACAGGCCGUGUCCCGGCACCGGUGGCGGCAAGUUAAAUCCCCGGGAGGAAUGCUGUACAGAGGGAUCAGUGCUUGCCCAGCCAAUAUUUGUUUUUAAAAAGAAGGAUCGUCCUUUGAAGCGACCUGCAGAAGACCCAGUUUGCAAAGCUGAAAAUGAUUUCAUUAGUUGUUCCAGAAAGCGUGCAAGAUCGUCAUCUUUUACUUUCCAGAAGUCUGACUCUCAGUCUAACAAAGCUCUCGCUCAGAAAAGAGGGAGAUCAUCUUCCUUUACUGUCCUUCCCACCUUCCCUCCCUCCCAGCCAGUAAAGAAGAAUAACAUAUUCAUGAGCUCAGCUCUUCUUCAAAGAAACCCUGACUUGAUCAAAAGCACAAAAGAAGGAUCCUUGUCACAAAGUCAAUUGUGGAAUGUCAUUAGACCUGCCAUUUUACAACCCCCACAAGCCCUGACCUGUCUUGAAAUUCCUGUAGUGUCUCCAGAAACUAAGAAAGAAGCCCACGUUCAGGUAUCUGAAGACAGCUCUUAUUCCUCGGCAGAGAAUUCAGUAAAUUCCAAAACAGCAGAGAGGUUAUCUACUACCAUGAAUCCUUCUAGCUCUAAAACAACACAAAUUCAGUCACUUGAAGACAGAAGUGUACAAAACAGCACCAAUUCUGAUUUUGUGUUUGGAGAAAAUAUGGUUGAGAGAGUUUUGGUAAGAUCUGUAAAUGCUGGCAGUCUUUUCAUCAAGAGUCCUGAAAAGCAUCCCAAGUCAUGUAAUGAAGCUGAUUCAUACAAAGGAGAAAUAACAUCCAUGUACAUGGAAUCUUUUCAUGUCAGUCCACAAAGAAAAACAGCUUUGUUGAGGAAUGCAACACUAAUUGAGUCAGCAGCUGCUUGUAUUUCCAAGCCAGUGGAGAAAUUUCUGUUAGAUAAAGUUGAAGUUAUAACUGGAGAAGAAGCAGAACACAAUGUAUUACAGAUCAACUGCAAGCUCUUUGUAUUUAAUAAGCUUUCUUUAACCUGGAUUGAAAGAGGCAGAGGAUCCCUGAGGCUUAAUGACACUUCUAGCAAUAAAUGUGGAAUGUUGCAGUCAAGGCUAAUUAUGCGAAAUCAAGGCAGCUUGAGACUGAUUCUCAACACCCGACUCUGGGAUCAAAUGGUUAUAAAAAGAGCAAACAUCAAAAGCCUGUGCUUCACUGCAACAGACCAAGAGGAUCACUCCGUUCAAGUAUUUCUAAUUCAGGCAAGCUCAAAAGACACUGGUUACCUGUAUGCAGCAAUACAUCACCGCCUUGUGGCAUUGCGAAGCUUUGCUGAGCAAGAGCCAGAUGCUAAUCAAGUAGACACAGAGACGGAAAUAGCUUUUCAACCAUUGAACUGUGAUAGCGAUGACGAAGAUGAUGGAGAAUUAUGUCAAGUGAGCAGCAGUGGGUCUGAUCAUUCUAGAUGGAACCGCAGGCAGUCUGUAGUCUGCUCAUGACACCUACCAGAAGUUAAAACAGCGCAGCUGGGAACUCAUCUUCCCAAAAUGUCUAAGCUGACUCAUCAGUCCCUGGAGGGAGGAAAUCAGAUGCAUUUUGCUUUAUGACUUUUAAUCAAACAUUAAUUUUAGGGACAACUUAAGUUUAAUACACUGAGAAAUAACUUGAGAUGCAGUUCGGAGGAUUCCAGUCGGCCUGCUUUGCACUGAGAUAGGAAUGCAACAAUGGCUUCCAAUAUUCAAGGACUGUUACAAAAGCUUUGGAUUUUACAAUUAAAUAUAUUUAGAUACAUAAUUAAAGUAAGGAGUAAAGUAAGGGAAUAAAUGUUUAUUCAUCAUAUUGAUGGAUAAAACCACAUAACCAUGAACUAAUAAUAUACAUGAAGAAAUAUUUGUUACUUUUCAUCUGUUAUUUGAAAGAUACAUUUGGAAAGCUUUAAAUUGGGCUUCACUGAAAACAUUUUUUUAAAAUUGUGUGGUAACAUUCAGCAAUAUAUUUGUAAGUACAUACAAGCAGAAUUGUGACUGGCAGUUUAGCAUGACCAAGGCCUAUGGAAACCAACCUUCAUAACAAGUUUUUUUCCCUGUUUGUUUUGAAAAUAUCUCAAGUUUUAUACUGGUUGUAGAAUUUUGUUACAGGGCAAAGAACCACAAUCAGCCUUUAUAGCCAUAAGCACCAGAAUUCACCACGAAGCCAAUCUAGCUGAUCUACAAGCCAAUUCUAGGGACGUAUGAGCUUUAAGAUCUAAACGUGUAUCUGCUUGCACUCAUUAAUACCUUUUCACAAAACAAGCACUUGCACUGUUAAUUCUCUAUUUGAUAUACACAAAUAAAUGCAUGCACAGUAUAAUUGGAUAUCUGCAUAAAAAAUUCUCUUAAUUGUGUGAGAUUAUCUGAGAUUAUUUCUGCUUUAGCUGUAGCUAUCCCUAAACAGCAUCAGUCCUUGAAACAGAUGAAUAUGUUACGCAUCCUAAUGUGCAAAAAUCUCAACACUGCCAAAGACCCAGUCACUCUGGAAAAAUGAUUUCCACAAACUUCUGCUUUCUAGCUAACCAUUCUCAUAAGGGGUUAGAAAAAUCAAUUGUAAUGCCACCUGGGAAUACCUGCUGCUUUGUAUAUUGUUGAUUACCAAAUACUAUUUCUUUGUCAUGUUCAGAGCUGAAACUAUGUUCUGAAAUAUCCAAAGUCCUUUUAAUUAAUUAAUCGUACAAUUAAGGUAAUUGUACGAUUUCUUCAGGUGUAUCACACCUGAAGAGUCAAAUCACAAUUUAGUUUUCCUGUCUGAACGUAUUUAUGAAGUUGGAAGAAUACCAUCUUCUUCCUGAAUUCUGAGUGCCCUGUCAAGAUUAGCAUCCAGGUCAAACUGAACUAGCAUCUGGAUUGUGAUGGAUCCUAAAUUGCUGCCAAAAUUAGCACUUAUCUGACAUUGAUUUAGCAUCUGGAUGACAGUAAGCUUAAGUGGGACUGGAUUUUUGCCUUCAGGAAAAGGGACUGCUUCACCACAGAGCACCUAUGUCAAAUAGUGAAACACUGGGAUUCUCUUUGACUCUUCAGCUUACCAAUAACAAAAAUGUUCUUUCCAUAACUGGAAAGAAGACAUUGUACAUUGUGUCCUUUUCUGUCAGCCUCACUCCUGACUACAACAAUAUUUGCAUCACUGACCUUCAUAUUUCAUUGCUGCAACUCACACUCAGGAACAAAGCUCUAUGUUAUAAAAACUUCAGCAGUUGUAAAACACCACAGCCCUAUGUAUUUAGCAACAGGUCAUGGUGAUAACUUUGCCCUGGAGUUCAGCUGACUGUGCACUGAAUGCAGAGUUUGAUUUCAAAGUCUGUCCUGAUAAUCACAGUCUUCCGUGAAAUAGGAUGUAAGCACCUGGGUGUCAUGAUAUCCCUCUAAAUUCUACCUGAGCAGUAAAAUCCUUGGCAAAUGAAGGAGUGUUCCAGAGCAGGCAAAACAGAACUUCUGCAGACACAGGACUUAAUUUGUCAUUUGCUCCCACAGCUUGAGGAACAAGGCUUAUGAUCUUUCACAAAUAAACAAACUCUUUUGAUCUUCCUCUUCCCAAGAUUGUUACAUACAUACAUAAGUAUACACACAAACACACACGCUCAUGUGCACACACACGCUCUUAAACAUGAAGCUACGUCUCCUAAAAGAUGAAGAGGAAAAGAGUUGUUUAACUAUUUUGAAGAGUUUGGAUACUGUGGUAAUCGAGGACAUAUAAAUACAUGUAUGUGCAGAUGUAUUUAAGGUAUGAAGUUUUACUCUUGAGAUCCUAAUUAUUUAUUCUAUUUAGUUUCAUUGCACUAAAAAUUAUUGUUUCUCAAGACUGAAGGUAUGCUAAUAUGUAAUAUAUUAACUUAGUUUUAAAAAUGUAAAGUUUGUCAUUUUAUGACAGUUGGAACAACAAUUUCUAUGU